AUUUUUUUUUCUAGCGGUUCCAACAAAGCUGCAACUUUUAAACUUUACGUGUCUCUCUAAGCCUCAAUUAAUCAAGUUAUCUUUGUGAUAGCUUAUAAGUUACUUUUCGAGAUUAAGUUAUAAUUUGGUUCUUCACUUACAUUAAUUCAUCAUAAAUGAAGUGAAGUAUGAUCUAAAAAAAUCGGAGUAGUUCUCUCUUUCGGAUGUAAAGCUAUUUAAGUUCUAGUCUACGUUUAAUUUAAUCUACUUAAAUAUCGAACAAGUAUCCAUUUAAAUAAAAUAUGAGAUUCCUGCUACAGUGAAGUUCCUGACUCCCAUGACAGAAACGAUGAAGGUGUUUCGACAAAUAGGAUGGUGCCGUUACUUAUUCCUUUUAUCAAUUAUUUGGUUCAUUUUUGCUUUAAUAUUUAUAAGCUUUUUACGACAUGAGCCGGAUAUCAAUACAUCUGAUCGUAUAUCCGAAGCGAUGAGGAAAUUGAAUUUGUUGCAAAGGAGAGAGUCGGAAAUGAUGAACUUACUGACAGAGUUCAGUCACGGAUUGCAAGAAAACGAUCGAGAUAAAUUUCUGAAACGUUUGAAUCAUAUUUCAAAAAAUCACAACAUUCAAUCAGAACCGUUUUUAAAAUAUGAAACUUUAAGACGACGCUUGUAUCAUAAUGUCCACGAAUUAUGGUAUUACAUCAAUUUCCAGACUUCACAGUUCACCAAAGAAUUGAAAAAAUCUCCAUCGAAGAAACGAUUAACAUCGUUUAUGAAUAUGAUAGGCGAAUUCAAACGGUCGAUUGUCAAAGAUAUUAACGACUUGGAAGAAGUAGAUGGAUAUAAAGAGUGGAGGCUGAACGAAAACGAAGAACUAAGCAACUUGGUUCAAAGAAGACUACAUUAUUUACAAAAUCCUAAAGACUGUAAAACAGCGAAAAAAUUGGUCUGUGAUCUAAACAAGGGCUGCGGUUAUGGCUGUCAAUUGCAUCACUUAGUUUACUGUUUCAUUGUUGCUUAUGGUACCGAACGAACUUUAAUUGUGAAAUCACGCGGCUGGCGAUAUUCUCCGCCCGGUUGGGAAAAAGUAUUUCUUCCCGUGAGUAACACCUGUACAACUGCUGACGGUGUCACUCAUUCCGCCUGGCCUGGCCAUCCAAACACGCAAGUCGUAUCAUUGCCAAUUAUCGACUCAUUAUCUCCUAGACCACCGUAUUUACCAUUGAGCAUUCCGGAAGAUUUAUCCGCUAGAAUUAUUCGUAUUCAUGGAGACCCCAUUGUAUGGUGGGUUGGUCAGUUCUUGAAAUAUUUAUUGCGGCCGCAAUCAAAUAUCAAACGAAUGUUGAGCGAAUAUGAAGAAAAAUUGGGUUUCAAAAAGCCUAUUGUUGGAGUUCACAUUCGAAGAACGGAUAAAGUAGGCACUGAAGCUGCCUUUCACGCUCUUGACGAGUACAUGACUGAGGUUGAAGAAUACUACAGAUCCUUGCAAAUGACCCAAUCAGUUUCUGUGAAAAGAGUCUACAUUGCUACAGAUGACCCAAAAGUUUUCGAAGAAGCUAAAUUAAAGUACACUGAUUACGAAAUCAUCGGCGACGCGAAAAUAUCAAAAUCUGCUGCGGUAAACAAUAGGUAUUCUGAAAACUCAUUGAGUGGUAUCAUCACUGACAUCCAUUUACUAUCCCUGACUGAUUAUUUAGUUUGCACAUUUUCGUCACAAGUGUGUCGAGUAGCCUAUGAAAUAAUGAAUAAUAUACAUUUCGAUGCAGCUCAAAGGUAUCGUUCUCUGGAUGAUAUUUAUUAUUACGGUGGUCAAAAAGCCAGAUGUCAGGUGGUAGUGAUACCUCACCGGGCCACUCGUCCAGAAGAAAUAGACUUAAAAGUUGGUGAUAUUUUGACGGUAGCUGGUAACCAUUGGGAUGGUUAUUCAAAAGGAACGAAUACAAGGACAUUCAAAACUGGAUUAUAUCCUACGUUUAAGGUUAUUCCCAAAGUGGAGACUGCUUCAUUUCCUACAUAUCCCCAGGUUCCUAUUGAGCCUAACGAAUUGUAGUUUUUGUUACCAAGUUUAUUUAACGUCAUGGAUUGGCACCGUGUUCGAAAAUGGAUGCACUCUAUGUACUCAUAAGUCUUCCUGUGUUAUUCGUACGACACGAGAAUAAUUAUUUUCAAGACCAUAAGAUGCGCCCGAUUUCAUGAUGUGCAUUACGUGUCAUGCAUUGCAUUUAUUAUUCUUACUCGUCUAUUUCAAAUAUCAACUAUAUGCGAUCCUGAAACGAUCUCAUGGUGUCAAGUAAUAACUAAGCUUUCAAAAAGCUUUUCAUGUUUGUGCAAUAUUGCGCUUAAAUGAGCGUGUGUUUUAAAGAAUAUGUGAUACGCUUUUGUGAACCACACAUUUUGCCGAAGUUGGAUUUUUUUCACAGAAGAGCAAAAAAUAGACGUUAAGUUGUACUAUAAUGACAGUUCAAAUCGAUCAAAUUUGACUACCUACUUUCAGUUCUUGAGGUGUAAAAAAUUACACAAUUUUGAAUUUUUAGUGAAAUUCAUAGGUAUUAAUUAAAUGAAAUUCAAAGUUUUUUUGUUAGUAGCAAAACGUGUGGUCUACCUAAGCUCAUCACAUAUUUGCAUUUGUUAAUUCUUUAAAUGAUACUUGCGAUAUGUUCACAAAAACAUAUUACUUUCUUGCUGUGAUUUUUUAAUACUGAUUUUUGAACAAAAAAUUGAUCGUACAUCUUCGAUUCGUUUAUGACAAGUUAUUUUGUGCAACUCAGAUCUCAAGUGAAUUUUUUCAUUCGCUCGUUAUUUUUUAGCACUGAGCGAAUGAACGUCUUGAUGAAUUUUUUCAGUGGAGAUAUGCUUGCCAUAUUAUUUGAAAUAAUAUCAACAUUUGUAUUUAUUCGGCUACCUACUUAAUUUAUUAAAAAGAAUUGUUAACUUAUUUUCAUAAAAAUACUCAAUUGAACCAAAUUAUGAGGCGAUAACAGAAUUAUUUAUUUUUGAGUUUUUGUUUUUGGUUAAACUAGCUGUCUAUUAUCUACUUAAAUGUGCUGUUUAGUUACCUACUCGUAUGUUUAUAUGCUAUAAAAUAUUGUGUGUUUAUGUUUUAGAAUUCAAAAUCAAUUGUUUUCAAAUUGUAUAUAGGUAAAGGUAGAGGUACAUAUGAUUUUAUGUUUUCUAAUAAAAGAAACAUUCACAAUGAGAAAAUUUCUUUUUUAAAAUAUAGCAGUACACGAACAUUUUGAAUAUGAAACGUGCAUAUUGACUUUAAAUCGGUUACAUUUACACCCGAGUACCAGGUUUUUUUUGUGUUCAGUUAAAGUAAUGUGAUAAAUUUUGUACGUAAAAUUCUUCUUGAUGGGUUGUUUUUUCAAGCAACCAAUUCUGACCACUGCUUAAAAAUUCAGUUACGUGAAUGUUAUCAAAAUAUGUUCGUAAUCAUUUGUCUUUAUUAUUGCAAUUUUUGUUAAUGUUUCUGAAUAAAUGUUUUAUACGA